AGCUGUAGCAUCAUGAAUCUGUGGUUCAGCCGUCUCUUCCUGGUUGCAGGGCUGUUUCUGAGCAUCUCCGCUCUGACUCCUGAGGAAUGCGAGCCCUUGGUCAAGCCUUUGUCUCUGGUCGACCCCAGCAUGAUGUAUGGCAGGUUGAACUUCAUCAUGGGUUACUCUGACUCUGAAGAAUAUAAAGCCAUCCUGAAGUCACUCCACAGCUCCUGGAUGAACAUCAGCGCGUCGCCGCACAGCACCAAAGAAGUUGUCAUGUAUGAGGAGAACGACAUAAAUGGAACCUGCUUUGGCUCAACUUUCAACACAUCUAUUGACGGCGACACUGCAACAUCAUCCAUGGGCAACAUCACCACAGAGUUCCACCUGCUGCCGAGCUGUGACGGCUGUGUGGUCUUCAGCGGCAUCUCCACUGCCAGAAACCUGGAAAAGUUCCUUGACUUAGUUAAGCUUGACAGCACCAAUACCAGGGAGCAGUUCACCACUAAUGCUGUUUAUCUGAUGGGUAGAGAGUCGACCCUGACGGACGCAGACCUGGAACAUUUCAAGCAGCAAGCGAGCUGCCUCGGCUUCUCCGGGGAACCGGACUUCCACUACGACACCAAGAACGGUUUCUGUAAGGAAGGCGAGGGCGUGAAGCUGUCUCUCACCUGAAGUCAAACGCUGCUUUUAUGACAAACAAAUAUUCCAAACUGGAAUAAAAUAAAACUGACUCAAACAUCGAA